AUGCCCCACGCAACCGCAACCGUAAACGGCGUCCUAGUCGCCGAAACAGACUCCUACGAAGUCGUCGACGGAAACAUCUACUUCCCACCAAGCGCCAUAAAAGAAUCCCACUUCACCCCUACAAGCACAAAAACGCAUUGCCCAUACAAGGGCGAAGCAAGCUACUACACCAUCACGACCAACAAGACCGAAGUCAAGGAUGCAGCUUGGUACUACCCAGAGCCGCUGGAGAGCAUGAAUAAGAUCAAGGGGUAUGUCGCUUUUUACAAGCGGUCUGCGGAAAUCAAGACCGAAUAA